GAAGGGCGGUGGCGGUGCGGGCCUGGGCGGGGAGCCGGACGGUGGCCGACGAGGUUCGGCAUGGAGCACCUGGAGCGCUGCGCGCGGGUCCUCAGAGCGACGCUGGUGCGGGCGGCCGUGCGGCGCUACCUGCCUUGGGCGCUGGCGGCCUCCAUGCUGGCAGGCUCCUUCCUCAAGGAGCUCUCCCCGCUGCCCGAGAGCUACCUCAGCAACAAGCGCAACGUCCUCAACGUGUAUUUUGUCAAAGUGGCCUGGGCCUGGACCUUCUGUCUCCUCCUGCCUUUCAUUGCCCUCACCAACUACCACCUGACAGGCAAGGCCGGCCUGGUCCUGCGGCGGAUAAGCACCCUACUUGUGGGCACGGCCAUCUGGUAUGUCUGCACAGCCAUCUUCUCCAACGUUGAACACUACACGGGCAGCUGCUACAAGUCACCGGCUCUGGAGGGGAUCAGAAAGGAGCACCAGAAUAAGCAGCAGUGCCACCAGGAAGGAGGCUUCUGGCACGGCUUUGACAUCUCAGGCCACUCCUUCCUGCUGAGCUUCUGUGCCCUCAUGAUUGUGGAGGAGAUGGCUGUGCUGCAUGAGGUGAAGACGGACCGAAGCCACCAUCUCCACACCGCCAUCACCACCCUGGUGGUCGCCCUGGGCUUCCUGACCUUCAUUUGGGUGUGCAUGUUUCUGUGCACGGCGGUGUAUUUCCACGACUUGUCCCAGAAAGUGUUUGGCACCCUGUUCGGUUUGCUGGGCUGGUAUGGGACAUACGGGUUUUGGUAUCUGAAAUCAUUUUCCCCAGGACUUCCUCCACAGAGCUCUAGUUUGAAUUUGAAGCGAGACAGUUAUAAGAAAUAAAAGAGAAACGAAAAGGGGGACGGGAAGACAAUGGGUAAUAUAUUUUUCUGAAUUAUUUGACUAAAUUAUUGAUGCUAUUUCAGAGAUGAAGCUUACCAGGCAGUUUUAGUGGGUGAUGGUGGAGGCUGGGGAGCGAGUUCAGUCCCCAGACUGUUCUUGGUGACGUCACCCUGUCAUAAGCACCACCAUUCCCAGUCAGGCACUUUUUGUCCCUGGCAAGACUGAAUCUGGACCAUCUCUUUUGUCCCUAGAGGGCAGAGCUCAAGCUCAGUGAGAGGACAGAAGCAGGAAAGCCUCUUGUGUGGCUGCAGGGGAGGCCAGGGUCUCAGGACUCCUCUGCUGCCGCCUUCUCUCUCUGAUUCUAGUUGGCUUUUGUUUUAACGGCUGUUAAGGCUGUUAGUUAACAGUAUUUCCCUUGGUCAAUUUUGCAUAAGCAUUUAUUUCCAGCAGGGUUCUUUACAAAACUACCAACCAUUGCCUGAAAAACACUCUCUGGUGUUAGUAUUUGUUUUUAUCCGUGGAAUGUUAAAUAUUACAGCUGGCUUGUGAUUAGCUACCAAAACUGACAAACUGGAGUGCCUCUGCGACCGAAUAUUGGAUGAAUUUUAUGUAAUGAACACUGAUAAUUUUUCGUCUGUGUUGUCUGUUGGUUUUUGGAGCAAUAAGGUUACCUUUUUGCUCCUAUUUUGAGUGACUGCUGUGGCAUUUGUUCUCUGUCAACAGAACUCCUGAAAAUAACUCUCAGCUCCACUGCUUCACUUCGGCACAUGUGUCGAUUGCUUUGAGGUUUUUUUUUUUAGAACACUAACUUACUUUUUAUAAACCAAACUCUUGGCUUAUGAUAUUAAAUUCCACCUCGUGGAGUUGUUUUUUCUGUUAAGAAUAAACCCCCCAAAAGUAGGCAUUUUCAUAAUAACUUGCUACAUUUUAAGCUGAGAGUAAUUUUACAAAAUGCGGAAUUGCACUGAAACUUCCCUGAUCACACAUCCACACGUCCUUGGUGUAGACUGACCGACCAGUGCUUCAGUCAUAUGAUAAGUACAUUGAUCAGUCUGCUGUGACCCAAGGCGCUCUUACCUUUGGGACAAGAUUAUGAUAAAUCAGAAGUAAAGGAAAAUCACUUCCUGUUGCCUUUGAUGGCAACAAGCUAACCUGUUGGCAAAAAUGUCCUUAUCAAAUGGUGGCAUGACGUUGACCCCACCCUCCUCUUAUCUGAACCACCAUCAAAAGUAAACCAAACCCGAGUCUAGUCUACUGGUCUUGAAAUCAGCCUUUUCUGUCCACUUUCCAACACUGCUCAAUUUCCCAGCUUGUCAUUCUGUGGUCUUCAAUGUGAGAGUGCUGGAAAGGGUUAGAAAACUGUCACCUCCACCUCCUCACAGCGGCAGUGAUGUGCUCUGUGAU